CCGCGUCACAGGAGACACGUGGAGGACAGUUCAUCUUGUUAUCUUCCACAUUACUUAGACCAGUUGGUGUUUAACGGUGGUGUAGUAAGGAGCACAGCACAGAACCCCCCUACACACAGUACCAAGAUGUGUUGGCAACAGGUGGGCGUCUUCCUAUUGGCUGUCGUCACUUCUGUCGCCUCUGAUAACUACAGAGAACUGACUGGUAAUCAGGUAUGGAAGCUGAACCAGGAGGACGAAGCCACGGUCCAGCAGCUGGUUGUGGAUGGCCUGGUGGACCCGCUGGACCACUCGGGACCAUCAACCUCCCUCAGGGUCACCCCCGAGACGGCAGGUCUGGUGAAGGAGGUCCUAGAUCAGGCUGGCAUCACCUAUCAGGUCAUCGUCCAAGACCUGGCAAGAUAUCUUCGGGAUAACGACGUCACACCGCUGGUCCAGGUCCGAUUUGGACUGACGGCCCAAACCUGUACUUCAUUAAACUGCUCUGCCCCUCUCACCGACAACUACAUGACCUUUGAGCAGAUGGAGUACUACUUGGCCCAGCUGAACAGCCACCCCAGAGUUAGUGUUUCAUCCAUCGGCAAGUCGAUCGAGGGUCGUGACAUAUGGAUGGUUCACAUCAACCGUUCUGGUUGUGAAGGUCAGGAACCGAUUGGCAUGACACCGCGUAUUGCGUACUCUGCCAUGAAGCGCCGGACGGUCUGGCUGGAGGGAGGCAUCCACGCUCGUGAAUGGAUCUCACCAGCCGUAACUCUACAAAUCAUUCACAAUAUUACUCAUGACUGCUCUAUGGGUCGGGGGCUGGAGGUUUACGUAGUGCCCAUGGCAAACCCUGAUGGAUACGUCCACACCUGGACUAAUAAUCGCCUCUGGCGUAAGAACCGCAGAAACAACCCCGACAGCUCAUGUGACGGCGUCGAUCUUAACCGUAACUGGGACUUUGAUUACGGUGUGGGCGCCUCCCCUAAUCCCUGCGGUGAAACUUAUCGAGGAACAUCUGCCUUUUCUGAACCAGAGACUCAGGCCCUGCGAGACGCAAUGCUGCAGGUGAACAGCACAGGCACCCUCCAAAUGGUGAUGGCAGUGCACAGCUACGGCCAGCUGCUGCUCUUUCCCUACGGUAACCCCGCCAGUAACCCAGCACCACAAACAGAAGAAAUGAAACAGCUUGGCAUAAUAUUUGCUAACACUGUCAAGACGGUUCAUGGCAAGAACUACGUGGUCAAGAGCAGCGGUAGCUUUUCUCCUGCAUCUGGCGCAACUGACGACUGGGCCAAGGGUGUCCUAAAGACCACGUACUCCUAUACACUCGAGCUUCGUGAUAAAAGCAGCUUCGUUCUGGACCCCGAUGAGAUCCUUCCAACUGGGCAGGAGGUGUUGGAGGGACUCAAUAUGGUGUUCCUGGCCCUCGCCCCAGAAAAAUAUACCCAGUAGUGUUGGAUGGGUGCCAAGUAAAAGUUUUUGGUUAGCAUGAACCAUUAACUUACAUUUUGUGGCCACUAAAAGUAAUUUACAAAUACCAUCACAAAGCAAAGAUUUAAAGUGUGAUGCUCGGGUCCAGGGGUUCAAAGUUGGAACUGUAUUGUUUUUGGAGACUUUGUAUGAAGAUUUUUACAUUGUGUCUAUGGAUCCCAAAAAUCACUUGGCCAACUUUGGUCCUGUACAUGUUGGUACGACUCUGAUAUUUGGCCGACGGGCACUGUAGACACCUUUAUAUAGGUUUCAAAAACAAAAUCGUGCUACCUUGAAGACCUGAACUGGCCACUUUAAUUAAGGAAAUCCUAAAAAAAAAUUCAUGCUCUAAAUUAACUAUUUCAAUAUUGUAUUGAUAUUCAGUGCAGAUGAAUCUACUCCCAGAAGUUGUAGACUUCUUGAUGUUGUCUAACAUCUCAACGUAUUGGACGGCCUGGAGCAUCAGACAUGACUACACUUGUACAAGACGACACCAUACAACUACCUCUCACAGCACUACACUUCUUACUGCACUGUACAAUUGAAUAAAGUCAAUGUUUUAA